AUGUCCGCUGCCGCCCGCGCCCUCCGCCUGCACCACCAUCAUCACCACCAGCGCACACUUUGCUUCUUCUCUGGUACCCGACCAGCAGCCCUCAGGCAACCGCAUUGGAGCUCCCUCCGCCAUUUUGCUUCGAGCCACCGACGUUCGCGCAUCGCCGAGCCACACUUCACCUCUGCGAAACACUCUGCGAUCGACCCGAGGACCUUCCUCAUCGCCGCCGUUCUCUCUUUUGCUGUCGCCUAUACCACAAUAGCAUACUCUGGGAAAGAAGAAGCUCCCAGGCAGCAACUCGCAGAAGAAGUUUCUCCCAUCCCCGCCUUUGCGCUCGGCGCAGAACCAGCAUUCUACACCAUGGCAGCCAACAACCUCCCCGGAAGGCCGGGUAACCUCACAGCAGACCAGGAGACCAAGCUGAAGGAGAUGUGGGCCACGAAUCUUGAGUUUUUUGGCAUGUCUCACGAGGAAGUCUCAGAAGCUCAGGCGAACGGCACAUUGAACCCUUCAAGGACGCCUACUUCGCCAGAAACCACGCCCAAGAAGAAGAAGGGCGGGAUGCUGUCCCGUCUGAGAGGGAAGAACAAGGAAGAGGAGGAGCCCUCGAGUCCCACUGUAGGCAUCGAUAACGACAAGCACGGCCAGGUCAAGGAGUACGAGGAGGCUUUGGCGAGCAUGAGCCCAGACCAAAUACAAGAGGCGUUCUGGAACAUGACGAAACACGACCACCCUGAUGCGAUUCUGCUGCGAUUCUUGCGGGCGAGGAAAUGGGAUGUACACGCUGCACAAGUCAUGGCACUUUCAACUUUGCACUGGCGACUAAAAGACAUGCAUGUCGACGACGACAUCAUGAUACGCGGAGAGGGCCAUGCGAUUGAGCAGAGCAAGUCAGACAACGCAUCGGAGAAGAAGUUGGGCGAAGACUUCUUAGCGCAGAUGCGGAUGGGGAAGUCGUUCCUCCAUGGACUGGACAAGGACGGCAGACCGUGUUGUUAUGUGCGAGUGAGGUUACAUCAUGGCGGUGAACAAUGCCAGGAGAGCUUGGAGCGGUUUACUGUCUACACAAUAGAAACGGCGCGCAUGAUGCUGCGGCCGCCUGUUGACACUGCGACAAUCGUCUUUGAUAUGACCGACUUCAGCAUGGCCAACAUGGACUACACGCCCGUCAAGUUCAUGAUCAAGUGCUUCGAAGCCAACUACCCAGAAUCUCUUGGAAGCGUCCUUGUAUAUAAAGCGCCUUGGAUCUUCUCCGGUAUCUGGAAGAUCAUCAAAGGAUGGCUGGAUCCCGUGGUCGCCGGUAAAGUCCACUUCGCGUCCAACGAAAAGGAACUUGAAGAGUGGAUCCCUCGAUCACGGAUACCGAAAGAAAUGGGCGGCGACGAAGACUGGGAAUAUAAAUAUGUUGAACCCAAUGAGGGCGAGGACGCGGAGCUCGGCAAGACGGAAGAGAAAGCGCCCCUUCUGGCAGAAAGGAAAGAGCUCACCAAAGCCUACGAGAGCGCAACCCUAGCAUGGAUCAAAGGCGAAGACAGGACGGCAGAAAGGAACGAACUCGCAGAGAAGAUGGCAGUGAAUUACUGGAAGCUAGACCCUUACAUCCGCGCGAGGAGUUUGUACGACCGGACGGGCAUCAUUGGGCCCAUGGGCAAGCUUGAUAUAUACGCCGAUAAGAAACAGUGUUCUGAGGAGCAGAAUCAUGGCGAAGUCGAUUAA